AUGGAGUUGAGGAUAUCACGGAUUCAGCGCCUCAGCGCUGUAAUAGGGAUUUCCAUGUCCUUCUUCGUCGCCGAGAUAGCUGUCGGCUUCUAUACUGGCUCGCUUGCUCUUAUCGCAGACGCAUUUCACUAUCUGAGUGAUAUUAUUGGAUUCAUGGUUGCACUUGUCGCUGCUGUUGUUGAGACAAAAAACACCCCGCCGCAGUCCCUCACAUUCGGGUGGCAACGAUCCCAACUGGUUGGCGCAUUUUUCAAUGGGGUCCUGCUAUUUGGACUUGGGAUUAGUAUCUUUUUACAGUCACUUGAGCGGUUUAUCACACUAGAAAAUGGCCAUGGCCAUGACAACACUCACACGCAGGGACAUUCGAGUGCAGAACGUGAGACUGGAAAUGAAAUCAGCCCCGAUUCAGGUUUCCCAGCCGAUGAGAAGCACACCCACCAUAAGCACUCUCUAAACGCCAAACCCAAGCCGAAGAGGAAUUUCGAUCUCGCCUUAAUGGGCGUAUUUAUCCAUAUUAUGGGUGAUUGUGCCAACAAUCUCGGGGUUAUUAUCGCUGGUCUCGUUAUCUGGCUGGCUGAUUACCAUGGGCGUUACUAUGCAGACCCUGCGGUAAGCAUGGCCAUCGCCGUCAUGAUAUUCUGCUCGUCUCUGCCUUUGAUAAAACGAAGCGGUCUCAUCCUCCUUCAGAGCGCUCCUGAUGGCGUUGAGCAUGAAGAUGUGAAGCAUGACUUACUCCAGAUCCAAGGUAUUCGCGCCGUUCAUGAACUCCACAUAUGGCGCCUGAAUCAGAAGAAAUCUCUGGCCUCCGCACACAUUGUCCUCGAGGAUGGCAGAGCAGGGGACUUUCCCGCGCUAGCAAAGACUGUAAAGGAGUGUUUCCAUGCAUACGGUAUCCAUUCCGUGACGCUUCAGCCAGAAACGCCGGUAGUGCAGAAGGGUGCCGUCGCAGCCAUCACAGGGGUUGAGAUGGAAAGGGUGGAGGACCGUGAAUCCCACGACCAGGAUGACAAAUAUGCCGGGGAAAAGUGCCAUCUUUUGUGUGGGAACAUGUGUACAGAUUUGGCGUGCUGCGAGUAG